CUAUCGGGUGUCAGUGUAGGGUCUCAGUUACAAUGUAUCGCUUCCAUCAUCCUUCACUGCACACAGGUGGUCAGACGGAGCCGAUACAGAGCAGACCGGCCAGACGUGGCAUUCUGCUUAAUGAUGAAAAGACGGCAUACAGCAAACACCAACCAUGGCCACUGAAGAGAAGCUGUUCCUCUGGCUAUGACAGAACCCCAAAAGCACUUUGAUUUGGAGGUCAGUGAAAAUGGUGAUUCAGUAAGGAAUAUUCUGGUUCCUCCACUUUUUCCUCCAUCUUCUUCUUUUCAGGAUCCUGAAGAAGCCCCUCCAACAGACAGCCUGGAAAUUGUGUCCGUGUCGGAAGAGGAAGUCCCGGUUGUAGAUAUCGCCUUCUCCUACUUCCGAUUUUUCUUGUCAAAAACAAAAGUGGAUCCAGGACAAAACAAUUCUGAAAACAAGGAAAAUGACGAAUCGUCUAAGUGCCAUCCUCUUAUCCCUGUGAAAUAUCUCAUUAUCAUCCUCUUCGCCGUCCUCGUUAUUGCUCUGGCGAUUGCUACGGGCCUGAUUGUUCACUUCACUUGCCCGGGAAAGAUACACUGCCAAUCUUCUUCGAUGUGUAUUCAUAAAUCUAAACGAUGUGAUGGAGUUUUCGACUGUCCAGAUGGAGAUGAUGAACUUAGAUGUGUGAGACUAAGUGGACGGAGGGGAGUGCUGCAAGCCUACGUUGCCGGGUCCUGGAAAACAGUCUGCUCCGACAGCUGGAAUGCAUUGUAUGUGAAUCUGACAUGUAAGCAAUUAGGGUUUUCCAGUUUCAAGAGCUCCUCCUCCGUGUCUCUGCGCUCUGUUGAAGAACAGUUUAGAAGAGAAUUUGCAUCAGUCACCAAAUCAUCAGAUUCUUCCGACCAGCCAACCCUAAUGCAACACGUCAUCCAGCAAAGAGAAUACUGCUCCUCGGGUAAUGUUACCACCAUAAAAUGUAUUGUCUGCGGUAACCGGCCCAGCUACAUUUCCUCGGCCCGUAUAGUGGGUGGAAACAUCUCAGCAGAGGGACAGUGGCCCUGGCAGGCUAGUCUGACCUUCCAAGGAAUCCACCUCUGCGGAGGCUCCCUGAUCAGCGCACAAUGGAUCGUCACUGCUGCUCACUGUGUCUAUGAUUUGUAUUUCCCACAAUCAUGGAACGUACAGGUGGGGCUGAUCAACCAACCUUCAGAGCCUCCGAAUAACUCGGUGAUGGUGGAAAAGAUCAUCUAUCACAGCAAGUACAAGUCCAGCACAAUGUCCAAUGAUAUCGCUCUGAUUAAACUGGCAACGCCCUUUACAUUUAGCGGUCUUGUACAACCAAUAUGUCUUCCACACUACGGAGAAGAUUUUCCAGAGGGUAAAAUCUGCUGGAUAUCUGGUUGGGGAGCCACAGAAGAUGGAGGUGACACAUCACAGACAAUGGAUUAUGCUGGGGUCCCUCUCAUAUCAAACAGAGUGUGUAAUACAAAAUAUAUGUACGGGGGAGUUAUAAAACCAUCUAUGCUGUGCGCCGGCUUCCUGGAAGGUGGAGUUGACACCUGUCAGGGGGACAGUGGUGGUCCUUUGGCAUGUGAAGACAGAAAAGUGUGGAAGUUGAUGGGGACAACAAGCUGGGGAGUUGGCUGUGCUCUGAGAUAUAAACCAGGAGUGUAUACCCGAAUCCCAUCCUUCCUGGACUGGAUACACACGCAGAUGGAGAGAGAAGAGAGGAAGAUAAACUGAGGUGCUGAUCGCUCCUUACCCCCCCAGCUGUACAUUAUAUUUAUUACAGAAGUCUGAUUAAUGAGCAGAGGCAGCUCUUUAAUUAGGCGGUCGCCUAAGGCCUCACACUCUCCUCCUACCUUAUCAGUAUAAAUCCAAUGUGUACGGCCCUAUCGAUUGCCCAGCGUGUACACAGCGCAAAGCGGUGUGUGCGUCUCCUCUGCUGAUACAUCAAACACCAUUGACCUCGCCAGUUUUAUUACACGUUCAGAUAGGUGUCUGAUUGUGCUACUAGAUUUUUUUAUACACUUAAUGUUAUUUAUGGAAUGUGAUUUAUCGAUAUUUCCAAAGAGGAAUUCUGACAACUAAAUAAAAGCUUCACAUAUUA